AUGACUUCGCGUUUCAAAAACUUCCCGUUCUCGUCGAAGCGCAAGAACAGCAGUAAUUCGACUAUCUCUCAGGCCCCGGCUAACUACGUUCCUCCUCCGCCUGCGAGCAACGUUUCCACUAGCCCCCCGCCACCCUCGACUGCCUCCUCCACCAGUCUCCCCAUGAACGGCCGGCCUCCAAGUUAUACAUACACGGGAAGGGCGAGCCCCAUGUCGGUUGCCGGCCAGCAAGUAGCCCAACACCCCUCCAUCAAUACCGCCGUCCAGCCCGUGCAGUAUGCGCAACCAGUCGCCGGAGGCCCUCCUGGCUAUGGCUACCAGCAACCAGCACCACAGCCGUUGCAUCAGCACGGUAUGCAAUCCUCUUUGGGCCCCGCGCAGGGCAUUCGCAAUCCCGCCGCGGAAGUGGACGGCACCAACAGGAACAAGGCGCAAUUGAUUGUGGGUAUUGAUUUUGGGACGACCUUCUCCGGUGUUGCUUAUGCCUUUGCUACCAACAAUGAGGCUCGGGAAGACAUAAUCACCGAGUGGCCAGGCGCUGGUACUCACACCAAACAAAAGAUUCCAACGGUGCUCUACUACGAUGCAUAUCAGAAGGUAGUUGGAUGGGGUCCAGAUAUUGCCGAUGCCUUGGCACCUACCGGUUUCCCAAAAACUGGUGUACAAAAGGUCGAAUGGUUUAAGCUGCAGUUGAUGCUGUCUGGAAACACCUACAUCGAUCCCAUAAACCUGCCACCGCUGCCUCCAGGCAAAUCAGAAAUAGAUGUAGCGGCCGAUUAUCUCUUCAAGAUUCGACAAGCAAUGCGCGCUCAGCUACAAAAGACUCUGGGCGAGGUUUUCAAUCGUGAGGAGCGGAAUAUUCGCUACUUCUUGACCGUCCCUGCUAUUUGGAAUGAUGCAGCCAAGGCUGCCACACGCGCUGCUGCCAUCCAAGCUGGCUACCUGCGUGAUGAACACGACAAUCGUUUGACCCUGAUCACCGAGCCUGAGGCUGCUGCCAUGUUCUGCGCCAAGACUGGCCUCCUGAACUUGAAGAUUGGCGAUGCCAUUCUGAUCGUUGACUGUGGUGGUGGUACUGUCGAUUUGAUUGCUUAUGAAGUUGAAGAGGAGAGUCCUUUUACAGUGGCCGAGUGCACGGCAGGAUCCGGUGAUUCGUGCGGUUCAACGGCCUUGAAUCGCAAUUUCAGCAACAUCUUACGUGCCAGAAUCCGUAAAAUGAAUCUUCCAGAUGGAUCGCGAACCGCUGGACGAGUUUAUGCCAAGUGUAUUAUGGACUUCGAAAACCGAAUCAAGGCCGAUUUCCGCAACAACGGACAGAAAUGGGCUGUUGACGUUGGCAUCGAAGCUGAUUAUCCGGAAGCGGGCAUCGAGGAUAGUUACAUGACUUUCACGAACGAGGAGAUAUUGCAAUGUUUUGAACCCGUCGUGAACCGUAUUUUAGAAUUGGUGCGCAAUCAAAUCAUUGCUAUCCAAGCGCAAAACAAGAGACUCCAGAAUGUCCUCGUCGUGGGUGGAUUUGGUGCAUCUGAGUAUCUCUUCCAACAGAUUAAGUUACAUGUGCCACCUCAGUUCCAAUCAAAGGUUGUACGCCCAAUGGACUCAGUGGCCGCAAUAGUGAAGGGUGCUGUUACAGCAGGUAUUGCCGAGAGAGUCAUUACUCAUCGUGUUGCUCGUCGACACUACCUUGUGGCUACGUUGCAGCCUUUCAAAGAGGGCUAUCACCCUGAACAAUAUCGUGUUCCCAGUCUGGAUGGCAAGGACAGAUGCAAGUACACUCGCCAAAUAUUUGUGCAAAAAGGCGAGCGCGUCAAGAUUGGCGAGCCUGUCAAAGUCAGCUUUUUCCGCCAAGUCGCUCCUGGUGCUACCUUGAUGUACGAAGAUAUUCUGUACGCUUGCGAUGAAGAUGUCUGUCCAGAAUAUGUCAAGGACCCUCGUAUCAAAGAGUAUGUUACGCUCACAUCUGAUCUCUCACGCAAGAAUCUCGAAAAAGACUUUGAGCGCAUGGAUACACCAAAUGGUAUAUUCUACCGAGUAUACUUUGACAUUUACCUCACCCUUGACGGAUCUGAGUUCAAUGCCGAAUUAGUGUGCCAGGGCGAAGUCAUGGGUCGCUGCUCAGCACGUUUCAAGUAG